AUGGCAAAUCGUAUAUACGAACUCGCCCUAGCGGACACAAUGCGGGAACUUAAUGGUCGUCGAAUCCGUCUAACAUACGGGUUAAUCAAGGCCUCUCGCCAGCUAAGUAGGUUGUAUCUCGUUAUGGACCUUUGCCCGACGACUGAGGAACUCGAGAGCUGGCAGUCCAAGUUCGACACAUACUGGAGAGCAGCGCAUGGGCAGUGCAAAUACUGGGGUCUCAUCCAGGCUUGUCAAGUAUUGCGUCAGGAAUUCCGCCCUCUACAACAAAGAACUCUACCUUUCACCAUCUUAGCGCAGCAUCUUAGCCAAUACCUUUACGCUUUCGGCACAACAGAAGAUGCGUUGACUCUUGGAAAGUCGCUCACGGCCAUCAUAAAGCAACCCCUCCUUCCAGGUGUGAGGUUGGACAUCCUGCCGCUUCUAAGAAAGCUUUCCAAGCAACGGAAGUCGCUUCCUUGGCUUACCGAGCGUUCUCUUGGGGAGGAAAGCCGCUGGAAGACUAGCAACCUGCUCACUACGUUGUUCUACCAUUGGGCCCAACCGCCAAAGGGUCUCGAGGUUGUUGAGCGUGAUAUCGCCUCUGUCACUCUGACCAUGGGCAAGACAUACGGUCCUCAUGGCGCUCAUGACCAGCCAUCGAUGAUCAUUGGACUGCGCUGCGCCUGUUUCACCGAUCUCACUCCUGAUCAGAAAGGCGCAACCAUGCUGGACUUUAUCAAGGCAACCGGGCUGGAGAAAUUGCGUUGCUUCAUCACGGAGUUCCGCUGUUGUGAAAGGCGCUACACGUGGCAAAUGUCUGGGGGUGAGUCCGGGGCGACUGAAUCCCCGAUGCAGAUCUCUGAAGUCCAAGACGAGGAUUAG